CGAAGAUUGCAAGUUUGUACUCAAGUACAAGCACCCGAUUCAUCUUGCGAUGAGUUGAGGAAUGGUUAUAAUGACGUCAUUGAUCAUAAUAAUAUUAAUGGUUUUGGUUAUGAAAUACAGUUGAAUGCUUGCGUAAUUGUUUGUGUCGGAGAUUGCGAAUUGCGAGUUUAUACUCAAGUACAAGCACGCGCUUUAUCUUGUGAUGAGUUAAGGAAUGGUUAUAAUGACGUUAUUGAUAAUGAUGAUAAUAGUAAUGCUAGUAAUAAUAAUAUUAAUAAUAAUAGUAAUGAUAGUAAUAAUGAUUUUGGUUAUGAAAUACAGUUGAAUGCUUGCGUAAUUGUUUGUUUCGAAGGUUGCGAUUAUUUCGCUGCAUAUGAUGUGGAGAUUGAGGUAAAUGGUACAUCAAACUGGUUGUCUGGGGAGGAACGAUCUAGACUUGAAGCAGUUCAGAGAGAUUGGCGUCUUUCGAGACCAGCAAAGCCUUAUUCGGUUUGUUGCUUGCAUUAA